AUGAGGCUCUCUAAUCUGGCCGUAGCCACCGCCUUGGCUACCAUCACAACCGCUGCAGCAACCCCCAAGCAGCAAUGUCAUUGCCUGCCCGGAGACUCUUGUUGGCCCUCGGUCUCCACAUGGAACCAACUCAACGCAACCGUAGGUGGCCGUCUGGUCGCCACCACGCCCAUCGGAUCACCCUGCCAUGAUCCUACGUACGAUGCCGCGGCCUGCGCUGCUCUGCAGUCGUCCUGGACCAAUCCCUUGACACACAUUCCCUCCUCGUCUUCUGUUAUGCAAUCUUUCUUCGCCAACCAGUCCUGCGACCCAUUCACUGACAGAGCUGUUCCUUGCACGCUCGGCAACUAUGUGAGCUACGCCGUCGACGUCCAAUCCACCGCAGACGUGGGUUACGCUCUCAAGUUCGCCAAGGCCAACAACCUCCGAGUCGUUGUCCGUAACACGGGUCAUGACUUCCUGGGACGUUCUACUGGUGCCGGUGCUCUUGCAAUCUGGACGAACCACUUGAAGACCAUUGAUUUCACAACCUGGUCUGACAAUUACUACUCCGGCCCGGCCGUCAAUGUCGGCGCUGGUGUUCUUGGUUACGAGAUCCUUGAGGCCGCUCACGCCAAGGGUCUGACUGUCGUCUCCGGCGAAUGCGCUACAGUCGGCCUUGCCGGAGGCUUCACGCAGGGAGGCGGCCACUCCGCGCUGUCAACACAGUUCGGUCUCGGAGCCGAUCAGACCCUAGCCUUCCAAGUAGUCACUGCCGACGGCAACACUGUCGUCGCCUCGCCGUCCGAGAACGCCGACUUAUACUGGGCCCUCAGCGGCGGCGGCGGCGGCACCUUUGGCGUCGUCACCGGCCUCACCGUCCGCGCCUACCAAGCCCAGACCGUCGGCGGCGCCGCCUUCCAGCUCCUCGCCGCGACGACGACGCCCGAAAAGUACAACGCCGCUGUUUCCAAGUUCCAUGAGCUGCUCCCCGCCAUGACCGACCAGGGCGCCUUUGCCGUCUUCCUCCACAACGCCCAGUACCUCGUCCUCCGCCCGCUGACGGUCUGGAACUCGACCGCAGCCCACGUCCGCGACGUCAUCCUCGCGCCCUUUACAAAGGCCCUCGAGGAGGAGAUUGGCAUCACCCUGGCCGUCGCCUACAGCGAGCUGUCGUACCGCGACCACUACGACCGCUACAUGGGACCGCUUCCCCAGGGCAACCUCGAGGUGACGCGGUACCAGUUCGGCGGACGUCUCAUCCCCCGUGAGGCAAUUGAGAACAACAACGACGAGUACCAAAAGGUCGUCCAGAACCUGACGGCCAACGGCGUCCUCCUCGCCGGCAGCGUCGGGCACUACGGCAAGCCCGCCGGCGCGCCCGAGAACUCGGUCCACCCGGCGUGGCGCAAGGCCGUCAUGCAGCUGCAGCUCAUCACCAACUGGGACAACGCGGCGCCGUGGGCUGACAUGGAGGUUUCGCAGAAGCGCAUGACGGAGGAGUUUAUGCCAUGGAUCACGGCCGUCACGCCGGGUAGCGCUUCGUACAUGAACGAGGCCGACUUUAGGCAGCCUGACUGGCAGGAUGCCUUCUUUGGCGACAACUAUGCCAAGUUGCUGGCGAUCAAGAACAAGUGGGAUCCCGAGUCGCUCUUCUACGUCCUCAAGGGCGUCGGCAGCGAGGCGUGGAAUGUUGCGCCCAACGGACAGAUGUGCCGGGCUUAA